AUGAUGGAACUUUUGUCAAACAAUUCUUCCAUUCCACAACAAAUGGCAAGCAAUAACACUAGCACAAAUACAACAAACAGCAACAAUACAGCUGAAAGGUUGCUAACUAAUUUAUUGGAAUCCUUUCCAUCCUGGGACCUAAACGCUGGAAUGAUGCCUAAUAAUGAACCUACCAACAAUGAAUCUCCACCACGUAAUGAUUUCUUCCUAAACAAUUUCUUAGGUUCUCUUGAAACUACAAAUGAUUUCGGCAUGGCACCGAUCGGCACACGCGUACGUAAUCCUAAGAUGUCUCCAGAAUCAUCAAACAAUUCGAGCAUUAGUUGCAAUUGGUGUGAUGUAAAUGCCUCUUUACGCUGUCUUGAAUGCAAUGAGUAUAUGUGUAAUGACUGCUUACGUGCACAUCGCAAGAGUCCAUUUGCUUCAAAUCAUUCCAUUGUUUCAUUGCCAACCCCAAUUGGUACUUCCCCAACAGGUGGAAUAUCUAAUAAUAUACCCACUCAACCAGCUCCUAACUACGUAUGCGAUUUGCAUAACGAAAUGUAUCGCUAUGUUUGCGAAUUUUGUAAGAAACUUGUGUGCCAGUGUUGCACCUUGCAUGAACAUAAAGAACAUAACUAUGCUUCUAUACAAAAUUUCGUUGAUGAAGCAAAUGAAAAAAUUACCUCUGCUUUGGAGAGCAGCCGUAUGGGCACCAAAUGCAUUAAAAGCAGUAUUGAUAAAGCACUCGCUUUUAUACGCUUAAUCGAACGUAAUUGCAAUGAAUUAUGUGAAAAUAUACGAAAAGCUUUUCGUCAAUUUAUAAUUGCAAUCGAAGAUCGUGAAAGAUUUUUAUUAGAUUUUGUAGAAAAAUUACGUCAACGCCGCUUGGCUAUUUUACAUGACCAGAUGGCUGGUUUGAAAUCAGCUUUGUCUGGCCUGGCUGAAACAUCUGAUAUGUUGCACAAAAUUUCAGAGAACUCAACUCGCAUGGAUCAUAUUGAAAUUGCUAUGAAAGUCACAAAUGGACAAAGACAAUUAGAGCAAUUCGCAGCUAUUUAUAAAGACUUACAACCCAAACAAGAGGUGUUUGCAUUCGCUGCACCUGACUAUUCUAUUUUACAAGAUAUACGUAAUCAAGGUGCUAUAAUACUAGUAGACGAUAAGAAUAUGCCAAUGCCGACAAGCGGUAAUAUGGUUGGAGCACCGCCAAAUGAUGUUGGUACUGUGCUUUCACUUCCAAAUAAUGGAAUGACUGCUGUAAUACCAACAAAUUCUAGACGCCCUCUAUUGCGUGAUAACUCUUUUCAUAAUCCAUCACCUAUAAUGCCACCGCGUACAAAUAGUUGUACUGUACCAAAUGCUGGUAUAGAAUGGGAGCUUAGUGUAAUGCGUAGUUCACCGGGAUUACAUUUUGGUGCACCACGUUCUACACAAGCAAUAGCUGGGAGUACAGAUCAUGUUAAAGCUCGUAAAUCCAAUGCACUUUCUUUAUCUUUUGCUACGGAAGGACAUGAAGACGGUCAAGUAAGUCGUCCUUGGGGUCUUUGUGUUGACAAAAUGGGACAUAUUCUUAUAUCAGACCGUCGCAAUAAUCGUGUACAAGUCUUUAAUCCAGAUGGUACAUUGAAAUUCAAAUUCGGUCGCAAAGGUGUUGGAAAUGGUGAAUUCGAUUUGCCUGCUGGCAUUUGCGUCGAUAUUGAUAAUCGUAUUAUUGUUGUUGACAAAGAUAAUCACCGUGUUCAAAUAUUUACUGCAAGUGGCGUAUUUCUCAUAAAAUUUGGCAGCUACGGUAAAGAGUAUGGCCAAUUCCAGUAUCCAUGGGACGUAGCUGUCAAUUCUAGACGUCAGAUAGUAGUUUCAGACUCUCGUAAUCAUCGUAUACAACAAUUCGAUUCAGAAGGCCGUUUCAUUCGUCAAAUUGUAUUUGAUAACCAUGGACAAAAUAAGGGUAUAGCAUCUCCACGUGGAGUUUGCUACACUCCAACCGGAAAUAUUAUAGUGUCAGAUUUUGAUAAUCACUGCUUGUAUUUAAUUGAUCCAGAUAUAAAUGAGAUUCUCUCUGCCAAAGGUCAUGAAGGUUCAGGAUUCCAAGAAUUCAAUCGUCCUUCAGGUUUAUGUUGCGAUGACGAUGGGCGUAUUAUUGUUGCUGACUCUAAAAACCAACGUAUUGUUGUUUUUAGCCCAAGUUUGGAUUAUUUGUGGGAUAUUGAAGUACGUCCAUCACAUAAUCCGCUUAUGCCAACUACUCUUGAUGAGAAAGAUCGCACAUGUGAUGUAGCUUUGAUGCCGGACGGUAGAAUUGUGUUCUUAAUUGAGCUAUCACCAGAUUCCAAAGAGGGUUCGAAUCCUUAUAAACGUUUUGUACACGUGUUCUAGGAACAUAACAGAUAAGUAAUAAGCUGCAUAUCUAAGAAAAACACAUAACUAUUAAAGAAAAAACUAAGAAGAUAAGUAAUUAAUUAUAAGUAUCAAAAUAUUCGGUAUAAAUACGAAAACGUUUUAGAUUAUUUAGACAAAAUUAUUGAAUUUGAGGACACGACAAGUAACAAAAAAACAAAAAACAAAAAAAAAACAUUUACGCAUUUAUUUGAAUAUUCUACAACGAUUACCUCAAUAGAAUUAAGCCAAUAAUAGCGGUACAUAAAUAUUAUUUUAUGCCAGCAGUUUUAUGAAAUUGUACGUAAAACGUUUUAACAUACUAACGGAUAAAAUGAAAAACGUUAAAAUUUUAGAUAUAAUUAGACUGACAAAUAUUUUCCUACAAUAUACGAAUACAUUAAGAAAGGACAUUACUCAACGGAACAAAGUUCAAAUAAUGGACACAUGUAACGUUAGCUCUAUGUUUCAUUUUUAUUUAAUUUGUAUUGAUUUUACUGCAUUAAUUUCUUCGUAUUAUUUUUUUUGCAAAUGAGACUGAUGAACUAAGAAGAAACUUCAAAAAAAUUAAUUAUUAACUGGACCUUUAAAUCCGUUAAAUCCUUACGGAAGAGGAUAUUUAUAUGCGUGCGGAUAUUUUGGUUAAUUUUUAGAAAGACUGAAAACCAAAGCGACUAAUGCACUGAAUACUAGAAGCGCAAUUUGAAUAUCGGGCAUUCAAAAUGGGCUUUUGCAAACAUAUUUCAUUUCAAUUCAUUCAAACAUUUUAACGUAAACGUGAAUGAGGGAAUCAUACAAAUUAUUUAUGAAUUUAUGUACAUCGAUGUGUUCAUUAGCAAUUAAAAACAUUUACUUUAGAAAUAAAUUAAU